AUGAAAUUGUUAAACACGUCACUUGGAUGCCUACUCAUAUUUGCUUUGUGUUUCUGUGGUUCAGUUUUUGCUGGUCGAGCAGCCAAGGAUUGCAUUUUUAACGGAACCUUCACUGGGCUGGAUGACAACUGUACCCGCAUCUCUGGAUCAAUUCUCUUUGGAGGAUCUGACGCGAUAAAUACACUAUAUGCCAAGUUAGCAUACGUGGAAGAAGUCAAUGGUUGUAUUCAAGUCACCGGAACAUCGUACACUCGGCUCGAUUUCUUCGCACGACUUCGAUCUGUUACUUGUACCAACACAACUCUCUCAGUUGAUUUUAUGGUUUCCAACAAUUCUGCUCUAGAGCGCCUAGGCAUGCCAGUUCUCAGAGUAAAUCGUCUAGGCCUCACGUUCAACCCCAAAUUAUGCAUAACUACUGAGGAAUCGUCGAGAUACACAAAUGUGCAAAGGGGAGCCGCUGAUAAUUUUACAGCUUGUCAGGGUAGAGCGGGAGUUUUAAAAGAAUGCAGCUCUACUCCGAACGGGGUAAAUGGUGGCCUACCGGAUGAUUGCGAGCUCAUAACUGGAAAUUUAUAUGUGGACGGAGCCAGCAAUGCCAACAUUACAACAAAACUGCAAUACGUGAAAGAAGUCUACGGAAGAGUGUACAUUAGAUCCACAACACUGUCCAACCUGACGAUUCCGCUUUUGGAAAAAGUUUAUGCAUCAGAGCCAACUGCGUCUACAACCCUGGAUCCAACCAUCAACGUGGCAAGCAACAUGAAUUUCACCAAACUCUCAGUGCCAAAGAUCAACUUCAUGGCGAAGAACGACUUAUCAUUUUUGACUUCCGACGCUUCAUAUGUAAUGGAUCAAGAUCUUUGCAAUCAGUUGUCUCCUUUCGGUAAUGUGAUGUCAAAUGGAACGGUCUGUGGUAGGUCAUGCCAAGACUAA